AUGGUAUUUGGAAAAUCUUACUAAGUCGUCUUGAGAAGAAUCUAAACUUCAAGAAAAUUGAAAUAAUUUAGUAAUAAGCUUGUAUAGGUCAGAAUAUUCAGCACAUUAUCAAACCAAGAUAAUAUUUAGAAAAACUUAAAUCAAGAUAACAAUGAAAGUUUGAUAUUCUCAAGUUAAGAUCACAUCUACAAUUAAAAUACAUCUCAGAUUAAAGAAGAAGUUAAGAAAAAUCAGGAAAGGGAUAAAGUUGCAAAGCAAUUAGAUGUUCACAAGAAUUCAUAGCCUGACAGGCAAAGCCUUAGGACCAUUGAUACUUUACCUCGGUUAUAAUUGAAUAAUUAAAGGAUCAGCAAAGUCCAGUUCGAGUAAUUUCACGAGUCUUUGCAGUAAGAACUAGAUGCGGUGAAGGAAAAUUAAUUAAGUUUCCCUAUAAGAUAGCAUGAUUUUUAAAAUAUGGGAGUUUACCUUAAGUACUAUUUUAAUAAUUAUGGGGAUUCUUUCUAAGUUAAUACAGAUUACAACGCACUCAGAACUAGAUAAUUUGAGAAUUAGGUUAUAAGAUACUUCGGUGAAUUGUAUAAUGUCCCGUAAGAAUGCGAUUUAUGGGGUUAUAUGCCUUCAGGGUAAACAGAGAGUAAUUUCCAAGCAGUUUAUUUUGCCAGAGAGUAUUUCAGAAAUCAUAAAAAUGUGGCAGUUAUUUAUACAGAUAAGACUGAUGAAUCUAUAAAUGAGGCCAUUUACUAUCUUAAGUUGAACACAUUCGGCCAUGUUGCGAGAUCAUUAAAUCUUGAGCCCCCAGCAGGAAUGAAAGAGUGGAAUGACAAGGUUCCUCAUAAUUCGGCCGGAUAAAUGGAAACUGAGUCGCUUAAAGCAAUCUUAAAGCCUCUUGCAGAGUAAAAAAUUCCAGUUUUAAUAAUUGCUAAUGUUGGCACGACUUCAUGUUGCUCCUAUGACAGUACUACUGCAAUUAUCAAUGCAUUGAAAACUUAUGAGUUUUACAAUGACCCGAAAAAUCACUGGGUUCAUGUUGAUGAUGCGUGGUGCGGUCCAUAUCUAAGAUUUCUUGAAAUAGCAUCAACAACCUCAGGGUAUAAUUUCUUGCCUAUAAAGACAAUCAAUGAGGCCAAAUUCGAUUUUUCAUUAAAAGAAGUGAAAAGUAUCACAACUUGCAUUCAUAAAUGGAUUCCUUGUCCAUUUCCAUCAUCAGUACUAAUAAUUAAGGACAAGUAAUUAAUGCCUAAGGAUCAUUUGUAGAAUACUUAUAUAAGAGGUUAAGAUAAUCUUUUAUAUACAUCAAGAAGUGGGCAUAUUCCCCUUUUAACUUGGGAUUAUUUAAUGAAAAAAACAUUGAAUGAUCAUAUAGAUGAUGCAGUUUCUGCAUAUAAUAUGGCUAAUUAUGUUUACUAAGAGCUUAUAGAACUCCAAAAUGAGUUAAAUAUAGAUCUAAAAGUUUAAAAGACAUAAGUAGGAUUAAAUAUAGGAUUUAAGAAACCUAGUGAUGAUAUUUGUUACAAAUACGGAUUAAUGGUGAUGGGAGAUGAGGCUCAUAUAUUUAUUAUGCCGGAUAAGACGAAGCAGCUAUGUGAUAUGUUUUUGGAUGACUUAAGGAAUGAGAUGAGACUAAGAAAGUGA